UCCUCUCUCCCUCCCUCUCUCCCUCUCUCUCUCUGGACUGACAGGGGUUGCACACUCUGCCCAGUCAGAUUUUGUGCAUCUGCCGGGACUGGUGGGAGGACGUCGGCACAGACUGCAGCGCAUUGCGAUGCAGAGAAUAAGGAUGGCAUGCCUGUGUGAUCUGAACGCCUGAAGCAGCAGCAGCAGCAGCAGCAGCAGGGUGGUGCUGGUGGAGUUUUAUGCGUCCACCUCUGGACGCUGCUGCCGAAGCGGGCCGAGGUGCCUCUGCAGCGCCGCGGAUUUUCACAGGGAUACCGUCUCGGUACGUGACUCCGAGCCCAUAUCUGCCCUGGCUGGGGAUCUGAGAGGGAAGGGAGGGGGGCCCUAGCGCGGCACCCCGCCCGUCUCUCCUCAUUUGGACUGCAGGGAUAACGACCUAAACCGCGAUCUCCCCGCGCAGAAACCACCGAGCAGGUGUUGGUGGCAGCGCUGUCAUCGUCCGCACACACUCCGGUGACUUCCACCCCGCACCUCUGCGCCAAAGGUUCCCAUUGCUACUGGGUAACGUGAAACACGAGCGGCAAACUGUCUUCUGCCUGCUUCGACGGUUCUCUUAUGAUGCCAGGGCCUAAAGGGCUGGUAGUGGGAGCCUCUGUGGAGAAGGAAUCAACACACAGUCUCUAAGGCCCCCAUAUGUUUUCAUUCAAAACAACCUCUUCUAACCAGCUGUCACCGUUCAAACAUGAGGAUUUAAGUUGAGUCAGCAGGGAUAAACUUCACUCCGACGACCAUCCAAAUCCAGAAGAAGCUCCUACUCAUCAGCCGUUGGUUGUCUGCAACAUGCGUCCUUCCCUCGCCACAGCAGUCCUACCUCCCAGGACCCGUUCCCACAAUCCACCCAACCUCUCAGUUGGGGGUCGUGAACACCUGUCAGCUCCACGAAGGCGCAGCCCCCACCUCCGGCACACACUCAGUCCGGAGAACCUGCGAACCCUGGCCGAGAGGGGAGGUGCUGCUGCCAUCGAUACGGUUUCUGUUGUCAGCAGUCCUAUCGGGCUUCCACGGGCUAACAGCGACACAGACCUGGUGACCUCCCAGAGCCGGUCCUCGCUGACGGCGUCCACUCUGGAGUACACGCUGAACCGCGGCCAGAACCUCGUCAUAUCCUGGGACAUCAAGGAGGAAGUGGAUGCCACAGACUGGAUCGGGCUGUACCACAUUGAUGAAACCAGUCCGUCCAACGUGUGGGACUGUAAGAACCGAGGGGUGAAUGGCACCCAGAAGGGUCAGAUCGUUUGGAGGCUGGAGCCCGGGCCCUACUUUAUGGAGCCUGAGACCAAAAUCUGUUUCAAGUACUACCACGGAGUGAGCGGAGCCCUGAGAGCCACGACCCCCUGCAUCACCGUGAAGAACCCCGCAGUCCUGGUGGAGGGGCUGGCGGAGCAGGUGGGCGUUGAACAUCCACGAAAACUGAUCAGCUUCACUCUGACAGAUCUGCGUGCCACUGGGCUGAAGAAGGGCAUGUUUUUCAAUCCGGACCCGUACCUGAAGAUGUCCAUCCACCCAGGGAAGAGGAGCGUCUUCCCCAUCUUCAGCCACCACGGACAGGAACGACGAUCAGCCAUCAUCGCUAACACCACCAACCCCGUCUGGCAUGGAGAGAAAUACACGUUUGUUGCACUAAUGACAGACAUCCUGUACAUCGAGGUGAAGGACAAGUUUGCAAAAAGUCGACCGAUCAUCAAACGCUUCCUCGGCCAGCUCACCAUCCCUGUGCAGCGGCUUAUUGAAAAAAUACCUGGAGUCCAGCCCGUGAGUUUCUCCCUGUGUCGCCGCCUGCCCACUGAGCACGUCAGUGGUCAGUUACAGUUCAAAGUGGAGCUCACCUCAACUGGGCCUGACGGUGCCUCUCCUGAUUCGAUCAUUGGGAUGUCAUCCUUGAAUGGAGCUCCCGGGACUCCGUCGGAUGAUGAAGACCUGCCUCACCACCUUCCAGGAGUGGUCUCUGCGGGCCCCUCUCCUACUGGCUCUCAGGGCUCUCAAAGCCUGUGGGAAGGCGGCGCCACAGCCCUACCAGAAAAAGACCUGCCUCUUAUCGGAGCUGAGGGUAAAUUUGUUGGGCCUCAUCAAGUGCUCCAGAGGUCACUCAUCGAUGGCCUCGAUGCUAUCGAGGCCCCCAAAGGCCCCGGUGAAAGACCUCUGGGUGCGGCCUCACCUAAACUGCGCUCUAGCUUCCCCACACACACGAGGCUCAGCGCCAUGUUGCAUAUCGAUUCAGACGAGGACGAGGACAGGUCUGGGGCCAAUGACAUCACCCCAGUGCCGCUGUCACCGCUGCUGAUGAAUGGAGAACCUCAGGAUGUCUGCGGCGCCGAUGAGGACGACCCAUUUGCCGAGCUCCAGCCGGCGCCUGAGCAGCUGGAGCCUUCAGGGCUGCAGGAUGAGAACGAGGGUGCAGGUGACGCCACUGAAGACGUGCCCCCUGCCGCAGAGGUGGUCCUGGAACUGGGGGCAGGUCUGGACCUGGAAGACAUUUUGGAUCCAGACGUCUUCUCUGAAGUGGAGGAGGCUCCUUUCACGGAGGCCGUGUCUCAUAAUGCAGAGCUGGAAGGUGGAGAGGUGCACGAGGAAGGACGGGGGCCUGGCGAGGACCCCUCCUCUGAGAUUGACACCUGCUCCAUGGCAACAGCGCAACAGACAGUCUUCUCAUCAUCAGAGAGCUGUCCAAUCACGCUCACUACUGCUGUGGAAGCGGAGGAAGGAGCGGAGACGGCCAUAGAUCCAGGGGGAGACAUAGUUUCCAGCACCCCACCAACCAAUCAAGCCGUAGACGACGAAGGCGGCGGGCAAGUCGUCGUCACUGACGCUGAAGGAGAAGCUCCCCCGGGCAUCGAGCAAGUGGAGGCGGAGGAGGUCAUUACGAGGAGGCUGAGCCUGCAGGCUGCCGGAGGCGUGGCUGAAGAACCGGAGGGGGAGGAGACAAAGCAACGCGAGGAGGCGGGAUCGGCAGAUUCAGAGCAGGUUACCACAGAAACAGAUGGAGAGGAAGGUACUCACGUUAACGGCCAUCCUGUACGUUCGCUCCCCUCAGUGCGUCAUGACAUCCACCGAUACCAGCGCGUGGACGAGCCUCUUCCUCCCAACUGGGAGGCUCGGAUCGACAGCCAUGGGAGGAUCUUCUUUGUGGACCACGUGAACAGAACCACCACAUGGCAGCGACCCACCGGACCUCCUGCCCCGCAGGGACUGACGCGCUCCAACUCCAUUCAGCAGAUGGAGCAGCUCAACCGCAGGUACCAGAGCAUCAGGAGGACCAUAACCAACAGUGAUCGGACGGAGGAAGCCACAGUUGACCUGCUCCCUGAGCCAGAAAGUGAACUGGCGCCUCACUCUAUUUCUGAAUACCGACGAGACAGUGCGGUCGCUCACUCCAGCAGCCGCUCGCGUCUCUCCCUGCUGCUCCAGUCGCCCAGCGCCAAGUUCCUGUGCAGCCCGGACUUCUUCACCGUGCUGCACUCCAACCCUAGUGCCUACCGCAUGUUUACGAGCAACACCUGCCUGAAGCACAUGAUCAGUAAGGUGCGCCGGGACGCUCAUUACUUUGAGCGCUACCAGCACAACCGCGACCUCGUCACCUUCCUCAACAUGUUCUCCAACAAGCAGCUGGAGCUUCCCCGGGGCUGGGAGAUGAAGCACGACCAUACUGGGAAGCCUUUCUUUGUGGAUCACAACUGUCGCUCCACGACCUUCAUUGACCCGCGACUGCCCCUCCAGAGUUCUCGCUCCACCGGGCUGCUGGCCCACCGCCAGCACCUGAGCCGCCAGCGCAGCCACAGCGCUGGGGAGGUGGUGGACGACUCCCGUCAAACCACCCCGCCCAUCCUGCCCCGCCCAUCCAGCACCUUCAGCGGCUCCAGUCGAAGUCAGUACCAAGACGUGGUGCCUGUGGCCUACAAUGACAAGAUAGUGGCGUUUCUACGGCAACCCAACAUCUUUGAGAUCCUGCAGGAAAGGCAACCCGAGCUCGCCAGGAACCAUUCGCUCAAGGAGAAGGUGCAGUUUAUACGCAGUGAAGGCGUCAAUGGGCUGGCUCGCCUCUCCAGCGACGCUGACCUCGUCAUGCUGCUGAGCUUAUUCGAGGAGGAGGUGAUGUCAUAUGUACCGCCGUUACUCCACCCGAGUUACAGCCUCUCCUCCCCUCAGAGCUCCCCCGGCACCCAGCGAGCCAACGCCCGAGCUCCCGCUCCCUAUAAGCGAGAUUUUGAGGCUAAACUGAGGAACUUCUAUCGAAAACUGGAGACCAAGGGUUACGGACAGGGACCCGGAAAAGUCAAGCUCAUCAUACGCAGGGACCACCUCCUGGAGGACGCCUUUAACCAGAUCAUGUGUUACUCGCGUAAAGACCUGCAGAGGAGCAAACUUUACGUCAGCUUCGUGGGCGAGGACGGGCUGGACUACAGCGGACCCUCCAGAGAGUUUUUCUUCCUGGUGUCCAGAGAACUGUUCAACCCGUACUACGGCCUGUUUGAAUAUUCAGCCAACGACACCUACACCGUCCAGAUCAGCCCCAUGUCUGCCUUUGUGGACAACCACCAUGAAUGGUUUCGUUUCAGCGGGCGAAUCCUGGGCCUGGCGCUCGUCCAUCAGUACCUGCUGGAUGCCUUCUUUACCCGACCCUUCUACAAGGGGCUUCUUCGCAUCCCGUGUGACCUGAGCGACCUGGAGUUCCUGGACGAGGAGUUCCACCAGAGCCUGCAGUGGAUGAAGGACAACGACAUCGAGGACAUGCUGGACCUCACCUUCACCGUCAACGAGGAGGUCUUCGGACAGAUUACGGAGAGAGAGCUGAAGCCAGGCGGGGCCGGCAUCCCCGUGUCAGAGAAGAACAAGAAGGAGUACAUCGAGCGAAUGGUCAAGUGGCGUAUCGAGAGGGGCGUGGCCCAGCAGACGGAGAGCCUGGUCCGAGGUUUCUACGAGGUGGUGGAUGUGCGGCUGGUGUCCGUGUUCGACGCCAGGGAGCUCGAGCUGGUGAUCGCGGGCACCGCAGAGAUCGACCUGGCGGACUGGAGAAACAACACAGAGUACAGGGGAGGUUACCAUGACAACCACAUAGUGAUUCGCUGGUUCUGGGCAGCUGUGGAGAGGUUCAACAACGAGCAGAGGCUGAGGCUGCUGCAGUUUGUGACAGGCACCUCCAGUAUUCCCUAUGAGGGUUUUGCUUCACUUCGUGGCAGUAACGGACCGCGCAGAUUCUGUGUGGAGAAGUGGGGGAAAAUCACCUCCUUACCCAGGGCUCACACUUGCUUUAAUCGUCUGGACCUCCCACCUUACCCCUCCUUCUCCAUGCUCUACGAGAAGCUGGUCACCGCCGUGGAGGAGACGAGCACGUUCGGUCUGGAGUAACCUCACUUCAGAUCACAUCCAGGUUCAUCUCUGGGGAAAGAGACGCGUCCAGAAGUCUUUUUUCACCUGGGAGAGACAUGGAAUACAAAACUAAUAUCCUCAAAAGGCAACUAACCCCAUCGCGGACAAAUGUUUUGUCACUCAGCACGCAGGCUUCCUUCUGAUUCUCCGCCUUUCUCUCUCAUAGCUAAUGGAAGCUGGUGAAGUGAACACCUUCUGGUAGAAAGGCGGAGAAUCGGAGAAUGGUUUGAAAAGCUGCACAGUGCAAUUUCUUGUUUUCACAGUAACCUUUGUUCAUUGAGCCACACUUGUGCUUUAUCUCUUCAGUUAAUGGCCUUGUGUACUGGAUUUCUAGCACCUCCUCCUCCUCUUCCUCCUCUUUCUCCUCUUCCUCCGAACUGCACCACAGAGACAGCUGCUCAGCACCACUAAGCUCCCUUUUCCCUCUCUGGACCUCUAAACUGUGUCCUUUCUGCACUGGAGCUGCGACAUUAUGAACUACAAUACACACACACACCAAUCACCUUUGCACAAAACACACACAAAAACAUGCGACAUUUUGUUUGUAUCGAUGGUGCAAACCAGUGUUUCCCCCAAGAUUUUUCUUUUAUUAUUAUUUUUAUUAGCAAGCAAAGCUGUGACAUUUUAGACUUGGAUUAGAAAUGGAUGUUGGCUGGUCCUCCUUCCCUGUGUGAGAGCGCGGGAUUCCCUCGUGUGCACAAAUGCAUACUCAAACAGAUUGUUUUAAGACUGAAAAUACACAUUUUCACUGUUUUGAUUCCUGAACGGGCUGGACAGUGCGUCACAAAUCACCUGUGACGUUCAUGGAUGCUGUCAUAGACUCGUUGUGAUAAUGAGGGCAGGUGCUGGUCAGGACUGUAGCCUUCAGUACAUCAGAGCAUGAAAGGUAAAGACACACCUGCAGCCCUUGCAUGUACUCUGAAAGGACAGCCAGUAUCACAGACACAUACGAUAUCAGCAUUAGCCUUGAUGCUGUUGGAGCACCUCCUUCCAGUCUAACACUCACUCAGUCUGCAGAUACAUUUACUGACACAUUUCAGUCAAACAGAAGCACAGGGUUCCUGUCUUUCAAACUAUUCCACAUAUUUAACAGAUGACGUCCACCCAUAAGUAUGACACACAACGUCCUUCUGGCUGAUGUAAGCGCCUCCCACCCCAUGAAAGUGAUGAAUGUACCAAAUAAGUGACUGAAUGUAUGAACCUCAAGUGACUCCAUUUGGGCCCUGAGGAAUUUUUCAGGCAGGCUGAAGAGGAAACGUGAAGAUGGAUGGUGGCAGUGAGAGUGGGGAGGGGGGUCAAACGCGACAUGGUUGCUUGAGGAAUGAGGAUGCACUUCACUCGACGUCGGCCAGGUGCCUGGUCAGGGUGCUGUGGUGGGAUCUUUUUAGUGCCUCGUGGGUUUUUCUGACCAUACAGAGAAAUUUCAUAAGGAAAACUGUUUUAUUUCCUUGUAAAAAAUUGACUAAAUCCACGUGUCCCACAAAUCAAACAAGCUGCGGUUUAAAUUCCCAAAACAGAUAUCAAACCGGGGAGGGGGGCGUUAAGGUUUGCUCUCCUUACUAUCGCACCUUCAAAUCAAAGAAGCAGUGACUUUUCUCCUGUCUGAGUGACCUGACCUGGCGAGGUGUGAUGACGAUGAUGCUGUCAGGAACGAACACUGGCCUUUAAGGCUGUAUGGAUAUCGUAUUUUAGAGCUUGUGGCAUACACAGUCCAUGCCAGACAAUAGUUUUGUCUAGAAAGCAUGUGAUGAAAACAGUUCUCUAACCCUUAAGUGCACGACCCAAACCCUGAGGACCCUUUUCACUCAGUCUCUCACACACUUUCUUACAUGCACACAAAAGAAAACGCACACACAAACACACACACUUACUCGUUUUCUAUGGGGUGCAUGCAAGAUUACACCUACUGUACAGAGUCCUGUUGGAGCUAGACCACAGGGGCUGGAAUAUUGCUAGAGAGCCCCACAUGUGAUGGAAGAUGUGGAGGCAGACUUUCGUAUCCCAGCCCCCCUCCCUCCCAGUCCAAUACUGCAUGCGGGACCGUCCCGGUCAGCUCUGUGAGCUGUGCUGGGGCAGAAACCCCUAGGUGGCGUUGUGUUAUAGCUCGAUAUUGCAUGCUGAAAUAGUGCAACACACUGUCCUUACUAGCUUUUUUUGCAUGAGGAUAUUACUAUCCAUUCAGAAAAAGGGGUGAGGGAGCUGGUUAAGUUGUGUCACUUUGGUUGUGGCACUCGCUUGAGGCAUGCGGCCUUGUGCUCACCUGGCGCUGUCAUACCAUGAGGGUUCAGCUCGCGGGAACGGGGUGUGGGAAAUGGGUGCUUUAGUUAACGCAGUAGCUUGUGUUCUCUGACAGUGUGGUGGCGGGUAUCUCGGCAGCAUGUUUCAAAGAUGUUUCACAUGUGCGUGUCUGCCUAUCUUAGUAAUAGGAUGAUGGUUAUGGUUCAUUGCUCGAGAAACAGUGGUGAAUCAAUAGGGCUGUUUUGAUUUUGUGAAACGUGAGAGCACAUGUACAUGUACCAUGUGUGCGGUCCUGUUUGUCUCUUUGUAUAUAAAUGUAUACGUAUGUCUGUCCUGUUGUGUGUAUAAAUAUAUAUUUUGCACCGAAUGUACCAAAGGUUUGGGGCUUGCAAAGUCAACCAUUAGGCCUGCUCUCUCUCUCUCUAUUUCAGUCUAACAAACACAUCCCACUUCUGGCUUCUGUCAGAUCCUUACAGAGCAUCACGUCAUGUUCGCUCGAAGGGCAGAUUCGUGACACGGACAACAACGCUUCACGUUAGGAUAUACGUUCACUCGGUCACUUUGACGUUUUCCAUAGCGAGGCUUUUUCUUCUGCAGAAGAUUCGUAGGAUUGAUCACUUGCUUCACAUUCGAAUGAAGGCAGUUGCACCUCUCAUGUUUCCUAGUACAUUUCUGACAGGACUCGGCUCCGGUUUUCAGAAUUCCACUCUAUGCAAAGCUCCUGUAUGUGUGUCUCCAUUUCACCCCAAUGAUUGUAAUAAAAGAGAAGAAAUGGCAAA